UAGAGUCACCCAAUCCAUUCCGGAGGUUCGAAAUAGUAAUAAUACCACUGCUCAACAAAUGCACCUAAAUUUUAAACCGUGGAUAAAUUAAUGACAACCAACAACAAAACACGUGUCCGUUACUAGGUGCGUGUCCACCAUCAUAAACAACAUCAACCUACAUUCCUCUCUUCAAUCAUUUUCUUCUGCUUCAAAUUCCACUGUGUCGUUUCGUUCAUGGCGGAACACGGAAGACUAAAUCCAAUUAUCUAACUAUUCCACUCAAAAAUCACGACAUUGAAUAAUAGCCCUUUCCCCUAACAAAUUUCUCGCUGUUGGAUCCAACAAUGGGUUUCGAUUCGAAUCUGGGAGGAUCACCAUCUUCCUCUUCACCUACUGCCAAACGCACCAGAGACCCCGAAGAGGAAGUUUAUGUCGACAAUCUUCGCUCUCACAAACGUUACCUAAGCGAGAUAAUGGCAUCCAGUCUUAAUGGAUUGACAGUUGGAGACUCACUUCCUGAUAAUCUCUUGGAAUCUCCGGCAAGGUCUGAAAGUGCAUUCUCUCUCAGGGAUGAUAUUUCUUUACAAUAUUCGCCAAUGUCAGAAGACUCAGACGACUCAAGGUUUUGCGAGACUCCAGUGCAUAGUUGCUUAACCAAUCUGGAUAGCCGUCCGAGUAGUCCGGUUUCUCCAUGCAGAUACCAAAGGCAACAGAACUCAUUUUCUUCAGCGCCUUCCACAAGCUUAAACACUUCUCAUGGCUUUCCAGUCUCAGCAGUUACUUGCUCCCAGCCUCGUCAACGAAGCUCAGACUCCGAUGGCCGCUUCCCAUCAUCUCCAAGCGAUAUAUGCCACUCAGCUGACUUAAGAAGAGCGGCACUUCUAAGAUCCGUGCAGAUGAGAACGCACCCUCCUGGCUCUGCAUCUUUGGAGCUGCCAUUUGGUUCUGGUCAAGAGCCUGCCCCUAAUAUUGAUUCCGAGGAUAGGCCAUGCUCAUACAUGAAAUCUCUGGUUGAUGAGAGGGAUUAUCAAAUUGAAGAGUGUUCAUCGAUAGGUGCUCCGGAAACCGAGUUUAACCAUGACAAUAAUAAGCCUUGCAGAGUCUUAAAUAUGAAUCCAAAAGCAGCAGAUUCGGGAGGUUAGUAACUAACUGAUCGGGGAAGAUUAUUAGUCUCUGAUGUAAACCGGUUGCAUGUGAUAGUUCUGACCAAAAACAAAUGUCUAGUGUUUAAUCUUAUUGGAAUGUAUCCUCCUUCUACACCAUUCUUUACAUAUCCACAAUGUUUUAAAAAUCGACUCAGCCAUUAAUUUCGCAGGGAUACUGGAUCACUGUUUCAUUGGUUGAUUUAUAUGAUUGAAUCAGAUUAUUCAAUUAUAUCA